GCCGUCACAUGACUGCGGCGGUGGCGGCGGCGCUGUGCGGGGAGCGGCGGGGCCCUGUGCAGACGUUGGCUUCCCCGGGCCUGCCGCAGCCUUCUUGUUCUCCUUCCUACGGCCCUCACCCGCCCCGUGUGCCCGUGGGGUACAUUUUAAUUACCAGUUAAGAUGGAUAUCAGAGGUGCUGUAGAUGCUGCUGUCCCAACAAACAUCAUUGCUGCCAAAGCUGCUGAAGUUCGGGCAAACAAAGUAAAUUGGCAGUCAUAUCUUCAAGGGCAGAUGAUUUCAGGUGAAGACUGUGAGUUUAUUCAAAAAUUUGAACAGAAAAGAAACCCAGAAGAAAAACAGGAGUUGUUGCAAACAGAAGGCAAUCAAUGUGCUAAAACAUUUAUCAACUUGAUGACUCAUAUCUCCAAGGAACAGACAGUUCAGUACAUUCUGACAAUGGUUGAUGAUAUGCUGCAAGAGAACCACCAGCGUGUUUCUAUCUUCUUUGAUUAUGCAAAACGUGGUAAAAACACUGCAUGGUCCUACUUCCUGCCCAUGCUCAAUCGACAGGAUCUCUUCACAGUGCAUAUGGCAGCAAGAAUUAUUGCCAAACUGGCUGCUUGGGGGAAGGAGCUUAUGGAAGGCAGCGACUUGAAUUACUAUUUCAACUGGAUUAAAACUCAGCUCAGCUCACAGAAACUGCGUGGUUCCGUGGAAGCAGGAGCAGUCUCCACGAGUGAUAGUUCCCAGUAUGUACAAUGUGUUGCUGGAUGCCUGCAGCUGAUGCUCAGGGUCAAUGAAUAUCGCUUUGCGUGGGUAGAAGCAGAUGGAGUGAAUUGUAUCAUGGGAGUCUUGAGCAACAAAUGUGGCUUCCAGCUCCAGUAUCAGAUGAUUUUCUGUGUGUGGCUGCUGGCUUUCAGCCCUCAAAUGUGUGAAUAUCUCCGUCGGUAUAAUAUCGUCCCUGUGCUGUCAGAUAUCCUUCAGGAGUCUGUCAAAGAGAAAGUGACAAGGAUCAUCCUGGCAGCAUUUCGGAAUUUGUUAGAGAAGUCUACUGAGAGAGAAACUCGCCAAGAAUAUGCACUUGCCAUGAUUCAGUGCAAAGUAUUAAAGCAGCUGGAGAAUUUGGAUCAGCAGAAAUACGAUGAUGAAGACAUAAGCGAAGACAUCAAAUUUCUACUGGACAAGCUUGGUGAGAGCGUGCAGGAUCUUAGCUCCUUCGAUGAGUACAGUUCUGAGCUCAAGUCAGGAAGGCUGGAGUGGAGUCCUGUACACAAGUCUGAGAAGUUCUGGCGGGAGAAUGCUGUGAGACUGAAUGAGAAGAAUUAUGAACUGCUCAAAAUCCUGACAAAGCUUCUGGAGGUUUCUGAUGACCCUCAAGUGCUGGCUGUAGCUGCUCAUGACGUGGGAGAAUAUGUGCGACACUAUCCUCGUGGGAAACGAGUGAUUGAACAACUUGGUGGGAAACAGCUGGUAAUGAACCACAUGCAUCAUGAAGACCAACAAGUUCGGUACAACGCUCUGCUGGCCGUGCAGAAGCUGAUGGUUCACAACUGGGAAUACCUUGGGAAGCAGCUGCAAUCAGAACAACCUCAAACAGCCACCGCACGGAGCUAAGCAGCUUCGUCAGUUCAUGCUUCUGACUACAGCGUGUCUUCAGGAGAUGUUGAAAUUCCAUGUCCUUUGCCUGCUACUAAACUUUCCAGCUGUCCUCCAGUGGUGUUGGCUUAGUAAAAAUCAGAUUGUUCAACUUGUUCUGAUGAUUAUGCCUAUUAUUAGCUUCCUGCUCUCUUCUGAAUGUAUAUGAGGAAAUGUGGCUAAUAUAUUGCAUUUGUUUUAUGUAUUUAUUCUCAUAAUAAAGGAUGUUAUUAAAGGAUAUUCAUUCCAUGGUAUAAUUAGCCUAGAAGAAUUAUUCUCUUACUUUAGUGAGUUAGCAGUGUUGUCACAGUUUCCCAGAAAAGUCAGUAGUCUCUAUGGCUCCUUAAUUAAAUGAUUAAGUAAAUAAAGCUUUUCCUUGGUUCUGUAGGAAA